CCAUGUCCAACAAGGAUUUUCGCCAGCUGAUCAUGACGCCGCGACCCAAUCGGGAUGAGUCCCCAUCUUCACAGACGGCCAAGACCGUGGACAGCUCCAAGGGCGAUGCUACAACGGACAAGACCAAGCCCGCCAAAAAGUCGAGCUGGAAGCCACGUGCUGUCCGUCUCUCUGCUGAGGAGGAGGAAACCCGCAAGCGUCAAGCAGAGCUCGCUGCCAAGUACCGCGACCGUGCCGCCGAGCGCCGCAAGCAAGAGGACCAGGAGGACCAGGCCACGCAAUUGCACCGUCUCAUUGAGCAAUCGCUACCGACAGGGCCACCUGGUAGUGAGGCAGUUGUCGAUGCCAAGCAGGCCAUGAUUGAGCAGUCUAAAUACCUGGGUGGUGAUAUGGAGCAUACGCACUUGGUCAAGGGUCUGGACUAUGCUCUCUUACAAAAGAAUCGGGAGGAAGCAGCCAAGACCCAAAGCCAAACGGGCGAGGCUGCGGAGGACGGAACCAAUCCUGAUGAUAUCCAGGAGAACCCUCUUGAGGUCAAGUGUCGCACGCGUCUAGCCAGAAUGGUGCUGCAAUCCGCUUUCCGUCACGCCGCGCCCCGUGCCACAAAUGAGUUUUUUGAGCCCGGCCGGAUGGCUUACGUGCUAGACCCGCGGCCCAAUCGCGCCGCGCCGCGAGCCGUGUCUGCUGUUGAUGACGUCCCCACAACCAUUUUGCGGAGCAAGAGUGACAUCAAGCAGUACGCUCGCAAAACCAAGAGCGCCACCCACGACAUUGUGGUUAACAAACUUGUGUCAAUUGUAGAGAACAUCCGUGAGGGCAAACGCUUGCGCAAGCAGAAACGCAAAGAUAAAAAGCGUUUGGCCGAGUCGGGCGAAGAGGAGUCACGUGAUGGGGAGACGGGAGAUUCUGGUGUGGCUCCGCCGCGUAAAUCCUCGCUAGCCAUGCCCCUUCGUGAGAAGGAAGAGGAUGCCGAGUUGGACAUUUUUGCUGAUGCUGGCGACUAUAAACCACGGGAAACCAAGGAUGGCCUGAAGCAACGCAAGCGGCGCGUGCAGUUCCAUGUCACAGAAGAGCAUGUUGAAGCAGUAGUGACCCGCUUUGAGGGCGAGGCCAGCCGAACGGCAGCAUUAGGUCCUACAAAGCCUCCGAGUGAGGAUUUGGAAAAUGGACCAGCGCCCGGUCCCACCAUGCCUGGUCCCACCAUGCCCGGUCCCACCAUGCCCGGCCCCACCAUGCCCGGCCCCUCCAUGCCUGGUCCCUCCAUGCCCGGUGCAGGCUAUCCUGAAAUGCCCGGGGCAAGCUACCCUGAACUGCCGGACGAACAUGCGUCUGGCUAUCCAGAAAUGCCACCAGAGGAUGGCGAGCUGGAAGAACAGGACGAUGAAGAGUCUGAAGAAGAAGAAGAUCCGGAGCAGGCUCGACGUGAUGCGAUUCAACGACGAGCAUACAGCAAUCCUCAAGCAUACGUUCAAUCUCUACUCGCUGAAAUGGAGGAUGGAGACGAAGAUGAUGGCCCCAUCAUCGAUUCGCGCGCCAUACAGCGCAUUCGUGCAGACGGUCUGACGGCCUAUGAUGAGUAUACUCCCAUGGGCAUGGCGGGCGGUGAUAGCGAUGAUGAGCGACAAAAAGAUGAUGAUGAGGCACCAGCGAAAACACGGGCUCAGUUUGAUAGCGACGAAGCCUAUCGCAAAUAUAUGGCUGAGCAUGCUAGCAAGCAGAAACGCAAGCGCCGCAAUCAGACUGGGCCAGACAAAGGCCAGCUCAACCGAGAUUGGCAGAAGAUUCAAGCGAUGUGGGCCAAGGAGGAUGGUGAGGCAGCCAGUAAGAAGCCCAAGACUUAAUUCGUCAUGUUUCUUGGAGCUUGGGCCCUUUUCUAAACAGAAAAUGUCAAAAAUUUGAUUUCUGAAUUUGG